AUGUCCUCGAAAUCGUUCGGCCGACCUAAACAUGGACGCAAGUCUACAGGAGAUGACGAUGUGAGCCCAGGCAAGGAUCGUAGUAGCAAACGUAGAAAGACUGCUCACAGGGACGAUGGAAUUGCGGGCGUAUAUGCGAAAAAGCUUCAAGAGGCCGAGUCCGCGUUGAAGAGAGAUAUGCAAGCGAUGGAAGCUGAACUGGCGAAAGAGGAAGCGAUUUAUGCUGCGGCGAUGGAACGUAUUGUUAGCGUUCGACGAGAGUCUGCAAUUUGGCGUGGGGAAAGGAUGGCCCAAUGGGAUACAACACGGCGCGAGCUCAUGGCCCAGCAACAAGAUGCCGAACUUGCGGCCGAGCUUGCGCGAGUACGAAUGAAACAGCCUCAGCCAACACGACCCGUUGACAGACAGGCGCGAGUCCGGGAACGCUUGAAGAAGCGAACCGCAGAGCUGAAACAAGCCGAGGCCGAGCGCGCUGCAAAACAACAGCCUGAGAUCAUUGUGGAAGAUGGUAUCUGCUACAUCAGUGACCUCGAUGACGAAUUCAUGGAGGCCCUGGAUGGUGAUACUCCAGUGGGCUCGGACUCGGAUGAUCGAGAUAGCUUGGCAUCUGCCGACUCUAUCUCCGAUGACGACUUGGACAGAAAUAUCCCCAUGUCCCCCAUUGGUGAAAACAUCGAGGUCGAGCAAGGGGACGAGUCGGACGACGACCUUGAAGUGGACGGGUUAAGCAAUCACUCCGAUUACGUUACAGACGACGCAAGUCACGCACCUACCAGUUCUACUCUUGAUCGUGAAGCCUCUGAGAGGCGAGCGCGCGAGCAGGCUGAGCUCCUUGAACGUCAAGCUCGUGCUCGUGCCGAGGUCGAACAUGCGGAAGCGGAGCGUGCUAGGCUUCGUCGUGAGAGGGAGCUGCGAAUCAAGCAGGAAGAAGCUAGGCGCGAGCAACAGGAGCGGGCACGAAGGGAACAGCAAGAAAGGUCUAGACAGGAACAACAAGAACGGGCUCGACAAGAUUAUGAGCAGCAACAGAGGCGGGCGGCCGAAGCGCACCGCCGAUCCCAGCCGCGCCGCUCCUUGGAUCCCAACAGUGAUGCAGCGGCUUGGGCUCGAUACACCGCUCAGUGGAACAAGCUUCAAAGUAUGGGUGUGCCCGGCAAGAAAAACAGCGAUGCCAUUUUAUUCUUUUCCAAUAUCCCUUGGCCGACCGUUCGUGCGCCCCGUGGGCCAGACGAUAUUACCAAGGAGGCGGUUGCUUCUCUCGUUUUGUCCUCAUCCCAUAGCUACGACAAGACCGCCAAGGCGAGAUUGAGGGAACUCCUGCUGCUCUGGCAUCCCGACAAGUUUGUGGGGCGGUGGAUGUGCUAUGUUGUCCCGGCCGACCAACCAGAUGUAACCGAGGGCGUGAUGGCCGUUGCACGUAUUGCCAAUGAAUUGAUGGCGGAACGCAAUUUACGACUAGUCUGA